CCCAACCAUCAUGCCUCCUUCGGGCGAUGUGUUAAGCUUCUAUAAGAAGGAGAAUGCCGUGAAAUCGAAGAAGCAUGCUGGGCCUAUGUACAACACUAUUCAGCGCAGGAAGAUGCAUAACCUGCAGCGCUAUGCAUCGGAACAUUUCCGUUCUCCAAUAGCCACUGUGGCCUCGUCCACUAGUAUUGCUAGUGUGCGUAAAUCAAUGGUUGAAGAGCUGUGGAAGCACACCCGUGAUCCCAUCAAGGCACCACUGCUCAAGCGUCUACAGAACGAUCGCCGGAAAUGUGACACUGCUGUUGCGUUGUUCACUUUAAUUCUAAAGUACAUGGGAGACCUGCCGAAAGGACGGGAACAGAUCGAUGUCACGAAGAUAUUUGCACCGGCACUAACCGACGAUGGGUUGCGUGAUGAAGUGUACUGCCAGCUAAUGCGCCAGUUGACGGAAAACAGGAUACAAAUCAGUGAGGAACGCGGAUGGGAUCUGCUGUGGCUUGCCACCGGGGUGAUGCUGCCGAGUACGGGACUGCAAAAGGAGUUGUUUAGCUUUCUGCGCACUCGCAAGCACCCAAUAGCAACGGAAUGUCUGCAGCGACUGCAAAAGACUAUGAAAGUUGGUCCUCGCAAGUAUCCACCGUAUGUGAUAGAGGUGGAAGCCAUUCGCUACCGGACGGUGGAAAUCUAUCACAAAGUCUACUUCCCGGAUGAUACGGACGAAGCGUUCCAGAUCGAGUCCUGCACCCAAACGAAGGAUCUAAUCCAAACCAUCACCCGUCGUUUGGAACUAAAGUCAGCCGAAGGAUUCAGCUUGUUUAUCAAGGUCAUGGACAAGGUGCUAUCAAUACCGGAAGAGUACUUUGUGUUCGAUUUCGUGUACGAGCUAAUGGAGUGGAUGCGCGAAACGCACCCGUCGCGAUCGAACGAUAACCGCAUACAGUGUGAAUACCAGAUGUUUUUCAUGAAGAAACUCUGGCUGAACAUCGUACCAGGGCGUGAUCGUAAUGCGGAUGAGAUCUUCCACUUCCAUCAGGAGGUGCCGAAGUUGCUACAGGGCUACUAUCAGCUGACAAAGGAGCAGGCAGUCGAACUGGCGGCCCUCAUCUUUUGGGCGCAGUUUGAGGUCGAGGAUGUGAAGCUGCUACACAAAUCGUUUCACGAUAUGUUCUACAUGCUAGUGCCGAAGGAUGUGGAGCGGCUUCAGAAACUUGACCAUUGGAAGAAAGACAUCAUCGCGAAGAUUGAUUCCAUGAAGGGUAUUUCAGUGAUGGCGGCUAAACUGGAGUUCCUGAAGUGUGUCCAAAAGUUUCCGAUGUUUGGUUCGACGUUCUUCGUGGCCAAGCAAGCAACGGACCAGAAUCUACCGACAACACUGCUGAUAGCGAUCAAUCGCCAGGGCUUUCAUCUGAUUGAACCGCACACAAAGGAGUUACUGUGCAGCUACAGCUACCAUGAACUAAACUUUUGGAGUUCCGGUAACACCUUUUUCCACAUCAAGUUUGGCAAUAUGAUGGGCGCGAACAAGCUGCUGCUAGAGACGAAGCAGGGCUAUAAAAUGGAUGAGCUGUUGGCUUCCUAUAUAAGGCACUUUAAGGCACAGGCGCAACAGCGCAAUUGAAGCAUUGUUCGGUGGGCAUUGUGUAGUUUGAUGUGCGAUUGGAUUUAUUGGAUUCCGAAUAAACGGUACAUUUAUACGUAACCAAG